AUGCGACUCAUCAACACAAAAACGUUCCAAAUAGAGGACUUCUGGAGCAACAUUCCUGUGUACGCUAUCCUUUCGCACACAUGGGAAGAAGAAGAGGUUACAUUCCAGGAGAUGCAGGCCCUCAGCAGAUGGAUCAAGCGAAAGAAAGGUUUUAAGAAGAUCCAAAAAACCUGCGAGCAGGCUCUAGCCGAUGGCUUUACAUACGCUUGGGUCGAUACGUGCUGCAUUGAUAAAACCAGCAGCAGCGAGCUAUCGGAAGCCAUCAACUCGAUGUAUAAAUGGUACCAACAAGCUGAGGUUUGCUACGCUUACCUCACGGACGUUUCAGCGAGCGACAAUCCAUUCAACCAGAAAUCACAGUUUCGGGAAUGCAGGUGGUUUACAAGGGGCUGGACGCUACAAGAGUUGAUCGCGCCGCUGAGCGUGGUGUUCUACGACAAAGAUUGGAUCGAAAUUGGGACAAAAUCCAGUUUGUGCAAAAUCAUCACCGAAAUUACCAAUAUCAGCAAGCAGGUCCUACUCGUAAACCAUGGCGGCGAAAUAAGCAUUGCCGCAAGGAUGUCAUGGGCCUCUAAUCGGAAAACAACGAAAGUGGAAGAUAUGGCGUAUUGCUUACUCGGACUAUUUGGGAUCAACAUGCCUAUCUUGUACGGCGAAGGCCAAGACGCCUUUUCUAGGCUACAACGAGAAAUUAUUGGGACGUCGGAUGACCAGACCAUUUUUGCAUGGGCAGGAGGCCAUGGAGGCACCGGGGUUGCAGGUCUACUAGCCAAAUCUCCUAAAGACUUUGCCCCUUCAUCGCAUUUAUCGCAUAUCAAGGUAGACACAAACAGGUCUCCUUACAGCAUCACCAACGUUGGACUAUCGAUCGAGCUACCACUCCAACCUGUCAGCGGUAACGCCAAUCAAUACAAAGUUCUGCUCAACUGUUUGAGUGGCGGAUCGCUAGUAGGAAUAUACCUGAUCAAAGACAAAGAGGGACAGUAUGUACGCACACGUACUACAGAAACAUUCACGGACACCGCCGACAACCUUCAACGAUACAAACGCGAGCGCAUCUACAUUAAAGAACCCGUUCCAUCCCGUUUUGACGUUACACAAUGGAUGAAACCACGCCGCGACUACGAAUUCUUCAUCAAGUCAAUGCCAAGUGCCCAAGUCCAUGGCUUCACUGCGACACAGUUUUAUCCUCCACCCGGCACAAAUGCCGUGGAGUGGUCCGCACUUCCCAAAUCCCAGCAUCGUUUGACGAUAGGUCAUAGUGGCACAUCAGGCGGCAUACUCUUUGAGAGUAAAACCGGUCGAUAUGAACGCUUUGUCGUCAUGCUUGGACUGCACAACUACAAUGUAUGGUGCGAUGUCUACACCAACGUCGGCCAGUCUGACACACUCGAGGGAAUUGCUAAGUCGUACUACAAAGAUAACCAGGUCAAGCUUUGGGAUAACCUCGACCGUGCCUGCAAGCAACUUACCCUGCACGACAAAUACGUAGUUUUAUCCGCCCGAAAGGGUGUCAAACCAGACAAGCAAGGUGAAUUCCAAUACACGGUUGAUAUAACAGUUACCAGCAAUCCUCCACCCGUUGGUUCCAUCGGCAGAUCUGGUGGUCUAGAACUGGGGAUGUCUAAUCCGGCGUAUGUUUUUCAUGUCAUGUUCGACCCAACCUGGGAAGUUACCUCGCUGCCGGCAUUCGAGUCCAUUGCAUGGCACCGCCAGAAGGACAAGUCUCUGACAUUAGCACUAAAAAACAGUGGCAUUUCAGGUAUCGUUGUUCUUCGUGAUUCGGUCACCCAAGCGGUAGUAGCGAUUUUGCUCGGUAUCCACAAUUACAAACCUUGGUCGGAUAUUGUGACGACCAUCAAAAACGACGAAGGAGUGGAAGAUGAGGCCAAAAACGUCAGAAAGCUGUAUUACACCAACGUGCCCGGCAAUCUAAACCAUAGGCUUUGGGCUUGGGAUACGGACUUAGAGAAGUCCGUCAACAAAAAUUUGUCUGUGAGGGUGGUGACGAAAGAAGACGCGAAGGAUUCAUUUGCGACGAACAUUCAAAUCACGCGACUUUGA